UUAUUUAUACGUAGGCAACUCUGUUCGACACAGCUGACAGAAAAGUAUAAUUCGGUUAUUGGACAAAAAUUUGCACCAAGAAUUGUUUUAAUUUACAAAACGAUUAAAUUAAAUUAAAAGCAGAAUUAUAAAAGAUGUUGUCGCAAUCAAUUUUAAGCGGUGUUCGAGUAUUGCGUGUGGAAAUUCGCCGCAAUAUUGGUAUCACUGCGCCAGCGCUUGAAAAAGUGGCCGAUCCUAUACAGAAAUUAUUUUUGGACAAAGUCCGUGAAUACAAACAGAAAAGCGCCGGUGGCAAGAUGGUUGACCCCUCCCCCGAAAUUGAAAAAGAAUUGAAAAACGAAUUGGAGCGCGUAGCCAAGCAAUAUGGCAGUGACGGGAAAACAGAUAUGACCAAAUUUCCCGAAUUCAAAUUUCCCGAUGUGAAGAUUGAUCCUAUAACCAAUUAGAUUAUAACCUUGCCAACUAUCCGUUAGCUAUCACUGCUGUGUUUUUUUUGUUUUUGCUUCAGAGAGCUGAAGC